CAUGCCCCUCCACACGCACAUGCACACGUCCACACCCACCUCACCAUGAUAUACAGGGUCACGGUCUUCUCCCAUGUCACCCUCGGCCCGGUCCACAUGACCGACCUCUUCAUCCCGCCGCACGUGGCCGACGCCGUCGAGGCCCUCUCGCACAUGCUUACCUCGUCGUCGUCGUCCAUCGUCUCCUCGGCCUCGCCGCGCCACCACCCGCUUGGCUCGGCUGCCGCGCACGCAUGGCACGCGCCGCAGCUCCUCCCGCGAGUGGCAGACGGCAAGUGCAAGCUCGGGUUUGGCUCGGGCGAGGCCGCCGUCGUCGUCGUCACCGCCGCGUCGGGCGCGUUCCCGGCCGAGCGCUACGCCGCGCUCCUUGCCCGGGCCAUCGACUCGGACCCGUCGCUCCUCGACGACAAGCCGGCGUUCUCGGCUCGAGUCGCCUUUGAGGCACUUCCGCUCCUCUAUCACCUGGUACCGCAGCUCGAGGGCGAGCUGAUGCGGGUCAAGCCCGAGCACGUUGAGCUCGCCGAGCUCCUCGACCGCCACAUCGACGGCGAGACCUCGCUCGGCAUUGUCCUGGCCCUCGCCACGGGCCUCUGCCACCGCAACUGGCGCGGCGAGGUUGUCCCUGCGCCGCCUGCUGCCAUUGUUGCCCGCUAUCAGGGCAUCUACACCCGCGAUUCUGAUGGGCCGUACACGCCGCCGCCGCGGCUUGUCGCCCUCGCCGGCGCCGUCAUCAUGUUCCUUGUCCGCUAUUCGUGGCUCCGCACGCCCAAGCGCGCCCGCCACUCGCGCGUCCUCCCGUUUGUCCGCAUCUGCUCUGCCGUCCAUCCGUACGAUGUCCUCCGCCCGACCGCCGUCGCCUCGGGCGCCCAGCUCGCCGCCAAGCUGGUCGCUGCCGCUGCUGAGACCUCGCCGCCGGUCACUCCCCAGGCUGCCGAGCUUGUCUACGUCCUUCUCGACGGCUUUACCCCGCUCUCGGCCGCGCAGUCGGCAGCUCCUCUCCCGACCUGGCUCACCAAAGCCAUCGCCACCGCCCUCCUUCACGUCGGCCUUGUCGAGCGCGCCGUUCUCAUUCCGCACGCCAUCCCGGCCCUGCUGCCGGGCAGCGAGCGGGUGCACUCACUGCGUGUGCGCGCCUCAUGGCUCUCGCGCCUCUGGGCCCUUGUCUCCCACGAUGCCCGCGCCGCCAGCCAGCGUGCUCUCAUCGCCCGUCUCGCCACCUUUUUCGACUCGCGCUGGGCUCUCGAACACGUGGCGCUCUUCUCGGGCGUCGAUCUGGCGACGCUCGCCCCGCUCGGCUGGGACCACGGCCUCGCGUUCGAGACCCUUGCCUGGUCCCCGUCCUCGUCGCUGUUCAAGCCCGACUACACGGCGUCGCGCCCGCUUCGCUCUCGGCCGUCGCCGGCCCGCCCGCCGCCGCGCCUGCUCGCUGGCCCUCAGCAUGCCGGCGAUGCCGAGGCCAGCGACGGUGCCGAGACCGAGGCCACGCCGCUCCUCGCUGCCCGGCCUUCGUUCCUCUGGUAA